CUGUUGUCUGUUAGGAUUGAGGUUAAGUCGGUUUAUUUGGUCAAAAUGAUGUGUAACCGAAUAAACUUCGUUUUGAAACAUUUUUAUAAACGACCAAUUUGGAACUGUCGUUUGUGCUCAACAAUUCCACAAACAACAGAUGAAAGGGAUCCUGCUCCAUUUUUCUUUGAUGGACAUGUACAGGAAUUAUUGACGACCUUGACUCGCAUCAAUUAUGAAAAGGUUUUUGCAAUACGCAGAGAUGGAACGCAGUUGGAAGUUCCACAGUAUGCUUUUAUGACGGAUAAAGAAUUACAAGAGGCACGAGCUCUAUUAGCAACAAAAGCAAAAAGAUGCAUCCAGAUGCCACCUGUUGUGAAAAUCAGAUCAGACGAGGUUGAAGUACUGGUCAAAGAGCCUGAAUUAGAGGGUUACGAGCAAUAUAAUCUCGUGUUUACAGAUAUAUCUUUUGGAAAAAAUAAUAGAGACAGAUUAAUUGUGAUACGAGAGCCGAACGGUACAUUGAGACAAGCAACUUGCAACGAGAGGCACAGAAUGAAUCAAAUAUACUUUCCUAUAAAUGGUAGAGAGUUACACACUCCAAAGAUGUUCUUCCAUCCAUAUUUGAGUGAUCUUUUGGACCAAGGAGAAUUCGAAUUCAUCUUAGAUAGAGCGUGUUUGCAGUUUGAACCUGAUGAUCCAGAAUACCACAGGGUUACGAAAGAAGUGUAUUCCUACGUGUAUGAAUUAAAUAAACUCGAUGCUCUGCGAUCUACGAGGCAUUUUGGUCCGUUGGUAUUUCAACUUGCCUGGGAGAAAAAUAUCAAUAAGUUGUUGUUGGAAUUAAUCGACACUGAAAACAUAGAAGAGGCAGGCGCGCUGGUACGGUUGUAUUACGCGCUUCAUCCUGAUGUUAAAUCGGCUCAGGAAACGAUACACGAGGACAUAGAAUUAAUCAAAGUUUACGCCGAAUUGAAUUCUCUAGAGCGACACGCGAUAUCAAACGCUAUACAGAGGUACAAUAAAAUGCAAAAGGAGAGAAAGAAGGUGGAGAAGGGUAUAAUGAAAGCACACGGGCUGAUCGACAAUGAGGACGUGUAACCGAGAACGUGAACGCUCGUUGGAGUUCGCCGCUCAGUCAACCGCUUUGUUGCUCUUUAUUUUAUAUACAAAUACUUUGCAUUUGCGACUAAAUAAAACCGGUAUACAAUCAGAA